GUUGAUAGUAUAGCUGUCCUCAAACAUCAUGGCGGACAGUAAUGCGGAAUUUUAUUUAUAAAUCAUAUUUUUUUCAGGGAAAGUAGUAAUAGGACGCUUGUGAAAAUGGAUGCUGUUAAAUCCUUCAACUCAGAGCUUGCUGGGCUCUACGAGUGCAAGCCCCCAAUAUCGAAGGCAAAGAUGACCGCUAUAACCAAGGGUGCAAUAAGAGCCAUCAAGUUUUACAAGCAUGUGGUCCAGAGUGUAGAGAAAUUCAUCCAAAAGUGCAAAACAGAGUACAAGAUCCCAGGCUUGUAUGUAAUAGACAGCAUAGUUCGUCAGAGCAGACACCAGUUUGGCAUUGAGAAAGAUGUGUUUGCUCCCAGAUUUGCCAAGAACAUUCUCUUAACCUUUUUCUACUUGUUCAAAUGCCCUCAGGAGGAUAAGAGUAAAGUUAUUCGGGUGUUGAAUUUGUGGCAGAAGAAUCAGGUAUUUGCCGAAGAUGUUAUACAGCCCCUGUUUGAUUUGGCUGAUCCCAACCACCCCAUUCAGAAGGAAGUGGGCAAUCAGAUAGCACAGAAGGCAUCUAAAGCUAAGGUGCAGCAUCCUGGGCAAGAACCUCAACAAGGAACCCCAAUACAUGCUAUGGGAGGUGGCGGCGGUGGUGGUGGUAACACUGGAGGUGGUGGGGGAAGACAUGAUGGAAGAGGAGACAAUCAGAUGAACAACACUUCAGCUAGCAUGCCACAACAGGUGGAUGAUGAGUGCAAACUCGUACAUUUAGUGACUCAACAGCACCCAGUUCCAGUAACCAGCGUAUCCAGUCAGGUGAUGAGUGCUGCAGUCACCAACCUGGACCCAAGUCUCAUCCAGCAAAUUCAGCAGAUUCUCAUGAAGCAGCCAGCACAAGAUGAUGGUUCUGGAAUGGCUGCUGCAGUUUCUGCUGCUGCAGCAGCAGCUGUCAUGGUACCACCAGUGCCAGAUGAGGUGAAGGGACCAGGUAUUCCUGGUCUCUCAAAUUCAGGUGACUAUGAUGGCAGAUCUCUUCCAUUCCUAACUGUGGACACAUCACAACCACCUCCAGGCUACCUUCCUCCAGCACCUUACAUGGGUGGGAUGCCUCCAGCUCCCAUGGCUGUUCCACCACCUGCCUUAGAUUAUUCUCAAGUUCACCCUCCACCAGAUAAGCCCAAGAGUCCACGAGAAGAAGGAGAACAUUCGGAUGAUAGUGACGAUGUUAAAGAAAUUCACCUUGAGGAUCCCGAUUCUGAAAGACGCCGUCAAAGUCGAUCUCGAUCUAGAAGUCGAUCACGGCGCAGAAAACGUUCCCGCUCUCGUUCGCGUUCCAGGUCCAGAUCCAGACAUCGAAGGUCACGAUCACGUUCCAGGGGUCGCAGGUCGUCCUCUAGGUCACGCAGGAGGAGAUCACGAUCAAGAGAUAGAGACAGAGAUAGAGAACGUGAUAGAAGAGAUCGUGACAGAGAUAGAGAUCGUGACAGAGAACGCGAGAAGGAGCGGGAAAAGGAAAAACUGGACCCAGAAAAAGAACGUGUGAGAGAAAAGGAGCGCGAGAAAGAAAAGGAGCGGAAAAAGAGAGGGCUGCCACCAGUUAAAAAAGAAUAUCUAAGCGUCUGUUCCACUACACUCUGGGUUGGCCACUUAUCAAAGCUUGUUCACCAAGAAGAGCUAUCAGAUACUUUUGGAGAGUAUGGGGACAUUGUGUCUAUCGAUUUGAUUCCCCCACGUGGUUGUGCUUUCAUAUGUAUGAAUAGACGUCAGGAUGCUGCAAGAGCAUUGUCCAAGCUAAAGAACCACAAAAUGCAUAACAAAGCUAUAACACUAGCUUGGGCCCCUGGCAAAGGCGUCAAAGGUAAGGAGUUCAAGGACUACUGGGAAGUGGAGGUCGGCUGCUCGUACAUCCCAUUCCAUAAGUUAAUCACCAUGAGCAGCAUUGACUUGGACAAUCUGGAGGAAGGUGGCAUGAUUGAUGAAGAAACUGUUCCUGAUUGGCUCAGAGGAAGGAAAGGGCGCUAUGGUUUGGAAGGAGCGCCUCCUGGGCCCCCUGGACCACCACCAGGUUUUGUGCCUAUUGGAGUACCGCCUGGUCACCCCUCAAACACACGUAGCCAAGAUAUUGUAGCACCGUUACCUCCUAUGCCACCUCCACCUGUUGAAAAGAAUCAAGACGUUAAUAGAGAUGGCCCACCACCCUUGCCACCCAAUGCCCCAGGUCUACCACCACCAACAAUGUUACCACCCCCAUUUGGUCUCCCUAACAUGCCACCCCCACAAGUUGGUCAUGGUCCUGGUCAUGGGGGCAUGCCUCCACUUCCUCAAGGCUUUGGACCACCCAAUCUUCCUCCACUAGGGGUACCUCCACCCUUAGGACUUCCACCAAUGGGUGUACAUCCUCCAGUUUCCUCCAUCUUAGGGCAGCCGCUCAUUGGUGCCAUGCCACCACCAGUAAGCAUGGCCAACAUGCCAAACAGACAAAUGAUGCCUCCUGGAAGUGACAUGCAAAACAGUAUCAACUCAUCUCCAAUUACGACAAUGGCGAACAGCGGCCAUAUGACAAACAGCGGCCAUAUGACGAACAGUGGUCAUAUGGGAAAUAGUGGUCAUAUGGGAAAUAGUGGUCAUAUGACAAAUAGUGGCCAUAUGUCUAAUAGUGGCCAUAUGGGAACUAGCAACUCACAUUCACAUGACUCCAAUGAUAUGGAUAUUGAAAUGGAAGAUGUAGACAAAAACGAAAUGGGGAAAGAAAAUGGCCUUCCUCCCAAAGAAAAGGAUGAUCGUGGUGAAAGACGACGUGAUAGACCUUCUAGAUUUGAACGUCCAGGGAACCGAUCACCGCAACCAGGGGAAGACAAAAUAGGUUUGGUGGAGCGGUUACGGAACCUGGCAUCUGGUGGCGAUAUGGAAAACAGAGACAGAUAUGACCGGGAUAGACGAGACAGAGAUCAGGAUAGAGGGCGGGAUAUGCAUGAGCGAGAUGACCGUAUGCGUGAUCGAGAUCAUGACCGUGAUAACAUGAGGGGACGGGAAACUAAUCGUUUUGGACCUGAUAACUUUAGCGGUCCUCCUCCUGGCUUUUCUCAGCAAGGAAGACCUGAUGGUCCUCCAAACUUCCGUCCAGAUUGUAAUGCUGGUCCAAAUGGUCCCAUUGGGCCUGGGGGCUCGGGAGGACAUGGCGGCUAUAAUAAUUUUGUUCCAGUGCCAGGAUUCGGUCCCCCAGGUGGAGGCUCAGGUGGUCCACAAGGAAUGCUGGGUGGACCACCAGGUCCACACGGACACACUGGGUUGAGGAAUGAUGCCUUUGGUCACAUGGGCAUGGGUAUGAUGUCUGGACACAAUGGCCCAGGCUUUGGUCCUCGAGGUAUGCAUGGACCAGGUGGAUUCAAUAACCCCCGAGGAUUGCUGGCUCCCCCACCAAUGAACAUGGGUUCCUUAUUGGGCAAUAGACCUCCACUCAUGGGAGAUAUGCCUAGUGGACCAAAUUCUUCAGGAGGAAUGAGAGGUCCAGGUGGAAUGCCAGGACAGCGGCCAGAAUGUACACUACAGAAUUUCAACUUUACAUUUCACCAAGCUAAAUUAAAUGGUAUGUGGAUGGAUGGACCUGGUCCCAGGUUUCAGGGCCAUGAUGUUCCACAUGGAGGACCACAAGUAUCUAGGGAUGGUCUUCCUGACAGACCCUGGGAUUCUGACAGAUCCCGGGAUGGAGAUAGACCCUCAGAUAUGGACAGAUACAAUGAACGUUCUCGUGAUGAUGAACGAACUCGGGAAAUGGGAGCUCGAGAUAUGGGAGCUCGAGAAAUGGGAGCUCGUGACAUGGGAGCUCGUGACAUGGGAGCUCGUGACAUGGGAGCUCGUGACAUGGGAGCUCGUGACAUGGGAGCUCGUGACAUGGGUGCUCGUGAUAUGGGAGCUCGUGAUAUGGGAGUUCGUGAAAUGGGAGCUCGUGAUGUGGGAGUUCGUGAAAUGGGAGCUCGUGAAAUUGACCAAGAUCGUUCCAUUGAUAGAGACCGCUCCAUGGAUCGAGAUCGAUCUAUGGAUGACCGCCCUAGAAAUGACCGCUCCAGGGAUGACCGCUCCAGAGAAGAUCGCUCCAGGGAUGAUCGCACCAGGGACGACCGCUCCAGGGACGAUCGCUCCAGGGACGAUCGCUCCAGGGAAGAUCGUUCUAGGGAUGAUCGUACCAGGGACGACCGUUCCAGGGAUGACCGCUCCAGGGAAGAUCGUUCCAGAGAUGAUCGUUCCAGGGAUGAUCGCUCUAGAGAUGAUCGAUCAAGAGGUGAACGGUCAAGAGAUGAUCGCUCUAGGGAUGAUCGUUCUAGGGAUGAUCGUCCAAGGGAUGAUCGCUCUAGGGAUGAUCGCUCUAGGGAUGAUCGUUCUAGGAGUGACCGUUCCAGAAGUGACCGCUCUAGAGAUGAUCGUACCAGAGAUGAUCGUUCCAGGGAUGAUCGAUCUAGAGAUGAUCGCUCAAGAGAUGAUAGAUCAAGAGAGACUCGAUCAAGAGAUGACAGGACUCGGGAUGAUCGAUCUCGUGAUGACCGUAUUCGGGAUGAUAGGUCUUGGGAUAGUAAAUCACGAGAUAGUGAAAGAUCACGGGAUAGCGACAAAAGAAGGGAUGAUAAGCGACCAUGGGAAAAGUCAAGAUGGGCUCCACGUGAGGAAGAAGGAACUCCACAAGAGGAAGAAUCAGUUGUAGAAAUGGAAGAUGGGGCACCUGGUAGUUGGGAUGUUUGGGCUAUGAUGGCUGAUACUGUUCCUCUGGGAUCUGAUGUAAAUAACAAAGAAGAUACACCAGAUGAAGAGAAAUCUAAACAAGGAGUCAAAGAAAGUUUAAGCACUGCAGAUUUGCCCACGGAACAUAAUAAAAAUACUUCCCAGAAAGAUAAACAGGAUGAAACAGCAAAGCUUGAAGUUGGGAAAGAUGAACUUGAAGAGAAGCCCAUUAAAGACAGUGCACCUACUGAAGUGGAAAGUGCAACUACAGAAGUAGAAAGUGCAUCCAUAGCAGUGGAAGGUGCACCCAGAGAAGUGGAAAUUACACCUCUAGAAGUAGAAAAAGCAGCUACAAAAGUAGAAAGUGCAUCUGAAGAAGGGGAAAGAGUACCUUCAAAAGUGGAAAAUGCACCUAUUGAAGCAGAAAGAGCACCUAUGGAACUAGUAGAAAGUACACCUAUGGAAGUAGAAAGUGCACCUAUGGAAAUAGAAACUACACCUAUGGAAUUGGAAAACACACAGAUUGAAAAGAAAAGUGUAACCAAUGAUGCGGAUCAAGGGACAAGUGUAAUCAAUGAUGCAGAGUCCAGUCAAAAUUUUGAGUCUAGAAAGGAAGGUAGCACAUCAGAAACUGCUCCAUCUGCUAAUGAGACAGAAUCACACAAAUCUCCACAGGGUAAUAAUUCUAAUUUGGAGCAAGUUAAUGAUAAUAGGAGAGAUGAUGGUCUUGAGUCCCAUAUACAGGCAUCUGUUCAAAGUAAAUUUAGUGAAGACAGUAAAAAAGCUUAUCAGCAAACUAAUAUUUUAAAUGAAGAAGCUCAUACAGGUGAAUGGUCACAGAAGGAUUCUGUGAAUAACGACAAGUUUCAAAAGGAAACUCAUGAGGUUAUUACCCAACAUGAUGGUUCUCAACAGCAUGAUUUAUGCCAAGAAGACUCCCAACAAGCAGAGAAACCUGUGAGCUCUAAUGCCUCGCAGGAAGAGCCUACACAUCCUUUGUCACAGACGGAACACUGUCAGGGGCGUUUGUCAUCAAUAGGUCUUGAAGAUGGUAGUUCUCUGCAAGAGCACAGUGCACAAGUUCAAGAUCCCGAAGAACCACUGCAGCAAGAAGAUUCUCUUGCUGGUUUUGUUGCAGCUAGAGAGGAUAGUGAUAGGGUUUUGGGUAGUCCUCAAAGUGGAGGUAGUGAUGACCACAGAGAGGGUAAUGCUUAUGCAGAUGGUGAUGGUCAGGCCAAUGAGGGAACUGAGGAAGACUCUGUGAUGGAGCAGGAAAAUGAGGAAACUAGGGAAGAUGACGAGAACAGAGAACAAGGUGACGAAACUAGUGGUCAGUUAAAUGAGGAUUGAGGAAUGUGUUAUUGAACAGUGUUCUAAAGUUGUGUGCCUAAUCAUUCACACUAUGGUUUUGAGGAAGACAUUUUAAACUUGAGAGCCUUUACAUAGUGUAAAAUGAAAAGCGAUAAAAAUGUCAUGCAAAUCUGUGAUGCAUUAAUCAUGAUGCAACUUUGAUAGCUUAUUUGUUUUGGCACUUACUAUCAGAUGAAUUGUGUGAGGUUUGUAGGCCUUUCAAUUAGACUGUCAACAAAGACAAAAAAAGACAAUGCGACUUGAGGUGUACCUGACAUUUGCUGGGGUCAUUGAUGCCGCAAGUAACGAGCCUACCUGUGAUGGGUGACUGUCAUGUUAUUUAUAUUCCUCUCAGGCGAGUGACUCUGUACCUUUUGGCUGUGAUGUAGUAUAUGAUUUAUUAACACGACUUGUACAAUGUUUUAGCUUUUUACAAUGUUUUUCGUUUUAAAGUCAGAUUUAAUAAAUUUUAGACUAUUUUGUACAUAA